AUGGAAAAUUUGUCGCGUGCAAUGCUCAGAGAUGGUUUCCACAUUGUCGAAACUAGAGAUAACAAUAUUAUUUUAAUGAGAGGUCUUCAAACCGUAUACAAUCAGAAUGGAAGUGAAUUCACUCUCAUUAAUGGAAUGACUAGAGUGGACGCUCAUGGCGAGGAAGAUGAGGAAGAUGAUGAUGAAGAAGAAGAAAGUGAUGAAGACGAAUGA